CCUAUAAAUACCGGGAGGCGCGCAGCCUACCUACCAACGCUGGCAUUAAUCUAAACACGGCUUGAACUGCGAGGAGAGGCGCUUACAUUAGGAUCCUAGUACUACUGGGAUAAACGCCUCAAUUGAAACGGAAUAUAAACCUCUAGUGAGUUCUAGGCUAGUGUCGCUCGCCCGUGCGACUCACAGCACCAAUAUUACUAUGGUGAUCAAGGUUUACAUCGCGUCCUCCUCGGGAUCUGUUGCGGUGAAGAAGCGCCAGCAGGCUGUGGUGGGGUUCUUGGAGGCCAACCGGAUCUCCUUUCAGGAGGUGGACAUCACCAAUGUGGAGGACAGAAGGCUGUGGAUGUACCAACACAUCCCCCCGGAGAAACACCCAGACAAGGGCAACCCGCUGCCCCCACAGAUCUUCAACGGAGACUGCUACUGUGGGGACUAUGAGGACUUCUUCCAGUCCAAGGAGAACAACACUGUGUUUACAUUCCUAGGCCUCAACUCACGGCCCUCAGUAAAGGAUUCCGAGUCGUAGACCUCUCCCGGAGAUCUCACCAUGAUGACGCCACCAUGUUGCCAAACACCCCAACACUCUGAUGACCCCCCUGACCCCCACCCCGGAAC